AUGCCAAGCGAUGUUUCUCAAAUUUCAAAUCAUCCAAAUUAUGAAAAUUGUAAUCGUCAUCACAUUAAAGAAAAACUGAAAUUGUUAGGGAUUGGAAAAGAAUCCCAGGAUUUUAUUACAACUCCAUUGCGGAAUAUUCCAUUGGGUCUUAAAGUGGAGAAUCGCAAUUUUAGGGCUUUAAAACGUCACUAA